AUGUGGCUAAGGAGUAGUGUGGCUGUGAGGAGGCUGCCUCGAGGUAUUUGGAACUUGAAAGGUGUUGGUGGUGGAGGCAGCGAAGUAUCUGGUGGUGGGAAAAUUGAUAACGGUGGCCAAGAGUUGAGAAGAUCAGUCCCAAUCUUUGUGCAUGGUGCGAGAAUUGCAAAGCCUUUUGCUGUACACUGCAAGUCUGCAACAUAUAGCUCCCGGCAACAUGGUGCGACCGUGCGAGUGCUAGAAAAAUGCAUGGUUGCUCCACCACCAAAUACCAUCCAAGAAAAGUCCUUACCUCUAACAUUCUUCGACCUACCAUUUCUUCACUCCCCUCUUAUUCACCACAUUUUCUUUUGUGAUUAUUCCCACCCUACUUCUCAUUUUACUAAUGAAGUUAUUCCUAAGCUCAAAACUUCACUCUCCCUCACUCUCCAACACUACUUCCCACUUGCUGGCAACUUGAUAAUUCCUUGCAAUUCAAGAAAGCCCGAAAUCCGUUAUGCUAAUGGUGAUUCAAUUUCACUAGCAGUUAUCGAGUCAAGCGAAGAUUUUAGCCUUCUUACUAGUAAUACUGCACGUGCUUCUGAUGAUUUUUAUCCUUUGGUACCGAAAUUACCCCCCUCGGUAUGCUCGUCUUCAUCAGGCGCAUUAUUAGCACCCCUUCUUGCAGUCCAGGUAACCCUUUUCCCAACUGCAGGAAUUUGUGUUGGAUUUACCUUCCAGAGGGUGCCGGCUGAUGGCAAUGCCUGUCACAAAUGUGGAAGCGAUGAAGAACUAAUAGCUAGUGGCUCGCUCCCUUAUUAUGAUAGGAGUGUAAUUGAUGAUCCCAGUGAACUAUCUUCAAUCUUCUGGGACCAACAAAGGAACAAACAGUUUACAAGUUCUCAGCCAGAAUAUGUCCCUACCAACAAGGUUCGAGACACUCUUGUAAUGCAUCAAUCUGAUGUUCAAAGAUUGAAACAAAUUGUCUUGGAAAAAUGCCCAAAAUUAUCGCGCGUGUCAACGUUCACUGUCACAUGUGCCUAUGUUUGGACGUGUUUAAUUAAGUCACGCAGGGCCAGUGGUGAAGAGAUUAAGGAGAAUGAUUUGGAGCAUUUUAUGAUUGGUGCUGAUUGCAGGUCUCUUAUCGCUUCACCAUUGCCAGCCAAUUAUUUUGGAAAUUGUCUUGUUAACUGUAUAAUUACCGCAAAAACUGUUGAACUUAUGCAAGAAAGUGGAUUUAUCAAGGCAGCAGGGUUGAUUGGAGAAGUCAUACGUGAAAAGCUGCACAAUAAGGGUGGGGUGUUGAAUGGGGCUGAAAAAUGGUUGUCAGAACUUGAAGGUCUGAAUCCAGAAAGAGUUGUUGGGGUAGCAGGAUCCCCCAGAUUUGCCGUCUAUGACAUGGAUUUUGGUUGGGGAAAGCCCAGGAAAAGUGAAGUUAUUUCAAUUGACACCACGGGGUCGAUUUCUCUUAAUGAGUGCAGGGAUAGUAAGGGAGAUCUUGAGGUUGGUUUAUCUUUGCCAAAAGUAAAAAUGGAACCUUUUUCAGCCAUUUUUGCCAGUGGCAUCAUGGAAGCAAAAGAUCAACAUUGA